CUGUAAAUAACAAAAAUGAUAACACAACGUAUAUCAAACGUUGGUCAUAACACAGCGUAUCUCAUUAAAAUCACAUUGAAAAUUGCUGUUCCUGCCAGGAGUCUUAAUAAAGUAAAACUGGGUAAUUCUGCCCCUAAUAUAAUAUUUUAUUAUAUCAUUAUAAUAAUGGAAUCAGAUACAGCUGAUAGUGAUUCAGAUGUUAGUAACUACUCCUAUUCAGUCGAUGAAUUAUAUGAAGCUGUAGAAAAUAGUUCAAAAUUAGUAACUAGGCAAACUACAGUUAAAAAAACAAUAUCUAACACAACAUCCUUAAAUUUAAAUGAAACAAAUGAAUUAGACUGUUAUGUGCUCAAUGACUGUAAUUCCGAAAUUAAUAUUAAUAAUAUUGAAACAUUUGAAUUUAAUGAAACUAUGUUAAAUAAUGAUAAUAUGAAAAUAAUUCCCAAUUAUGAAAAUGAAAUAGAAAGUGUAACAAAUCAUAAUAUUAUUGCUGAUAUUAUACAAGAUGAUGACACCAAUAAGUUUUCUUUAGAGCAUAAUAAUAAUAUUAUACAAAAUAAUAAGGAUAUUAACGUAAGUGUUGAAGAAAAUGAUACCAUUUCCCAAAGCAUUGGAAGAAAACGUAGUAAAAAAGCUAAUUCAGAUGCCUGGUCUAGAAAUGAUGCAAAAAUUAAAAGAAUGCGAGGAGAAGCCUAUUUAGGAUAUAGAAGGAAAGAAAAACAAAGCACCUUAAAUAUAUUGCAUGACACACCGAGAGAAGAAAGACAAAUGGGCCCACCAUGUCAAUCAAAAAUAUGUAAGCAAUGGAAAACAAGAUUUAUUUUACAUUUUUAUGCUUAGGUAACAACAAAGUUAUGUUGAUUUUUAUUAUAAUUUAUGAAAAA